UAUGGCGGACGAUGGAAGCUGAUUUGUUUUUUGAUUCUUUAUGGGUGAAUUUUACUUGUGUCUUUAAUUUAUUGUACAUAUUUAUUUGCAUUCAAUAAUUCAGAAAGAAAAUGCCUAUCGUCUGUAAAAACUGCGAAGGAAAAGCGAUCCUGAAAAGACCAAAAACGGGAGAUGCAUUGUGCAAGGAAUGUUUUUACUUAAAAUUUGAAACAGAAGUCCACGAGACUAUCACCAGGAACGAGUUGUUUACUAAAGGWGAUACAGUGGCCAUUGGUGCUUCCGGUGGCAAAGAUUCCACAGUUCUUGCUUAUGUUCUCAAGACUUUAAAUGAGAGAUAUAAUUAUGGGAUACAUCUUCUGUUGUUGUCAGUUGACGAGGGUAUAACUGGAUAUAGAGAUGAUUCAUUAGAGACUGUAAAACGCAACCAAAUACAAUAUGACAUGCCYCUGAAAAUUGUAUCUUAUGAGGAAUUAUAUGGCUGGAGUAUGGAUGCUAUUGUAAAGCAAAUUGGUCUUAAAAAUAACUGUACAUUCUGUGGUGUGUUUCGUAGACAAGCUUUYGACAGAGGAGCUAUGCUACUAAAAGUUGAUAAAAUUGUCACAGGUCAUAACGCUGAUGACAUAGCAGAAACUGUCAUCAUGAAUAUAUUAAGAGGCGAUAUUGCUAGAUUACGGAGGUGUACAGCGAUCGUAACAGGAAGCGAAGGAGCUCUACCAAGAUGUAAACCAUURAAAUAUACAUAUGAAAAAGAGAUUGUCAUGUAUGCUUACUUCAAAAAAUUGGACUAUUUCUCUACAGAGUGCAUUUACUCUCCAAACGCUUACAGGGGRCAUGCAAGGACUUAUCUCAAAGACCUUGAAAAAAUACGUCCAAGUACAAUUAUAGAUAUCAUCCAUUCUGGGGAAAGUUUAUCAGUAAAGAAAGAUGUCAAAAUGCCUGUUCAAGGGACUUGCAGUCGAUGUGGUUAUAUUUCAAGUCAACAUUUAUGCAAAGCAUGUGUCUUGCUGGAGGGGUUAAAUAAAGGAUUGCCAAGGCUUGGAAUUGGUAAAACAGACAAAGUCCAGCGACAAGCAAAGAGCAGUUGUGGUGGUAGUGGUUGUGGUGAUGGGGGCUGCAGCGGAAAAUCAAAGGAAUCGUUGGAUUUCUAAAAUUCUAUUGUGAUAAAAAAAAAAACACAAAGAAACUGAAUAAACUGUAUAUUUUCAAUGUA